CCACCAUCGCUCUCUCUCCCUCCCUUUUCUGUGCACCCCGUCCGAUUUAUUCACCGUCGUUUACGGAUCACUCUCUUUUCUUUGCUUCCUAGUGACAAUGCAGUUCCUCCGUGUCUUCUCCAUCCUGGCUAUUGCCAGCGCCACCUACGCCUCGGCCUCUGUUAACAUUGCUGCCGAUGGCCUCGUCACCGAGAUCCCCGAGGCAGCCGUCAAGUACGCACAGUCGCUCCUGGCUGAGGGCUCUGCCGGCACAGGGUCGCUCGACGGACGUGGCGAGAGGCCCCGCAAGCGUGGUGACGUUGUCAAGGGUGACUGCUCGCAGGGCUCGGUGCAGUGCUGCGACCAGACGAUCAACGACAGCCAGAAGAAGAAGACGCUCGCCGGCCUCCUCGGCGUCAACGACGUCGUCGGUCAGAUUGGCCUCAACUGCGCUCAGCUCCCCAUCAACGGCAUUGGCGGUUCCGUCGCAGUGUCCAACACAUGCAAGAGCUCGCCCGUGUGCUGCAAGAACGUCACGCAGAACGGCCUGAUCAACUUUGGCUGCAUCUCGCUUCCCCUCAACUAAGGGCUCCUCGAUUGCUCCCACCAGGACGCUCUUCCUUCUCCGCCCUCACAGCUGCCCUCUUCUUCCGACAUUUCCCUGACCCGACCAAACGUUUCUCGCCCCGGCAUCUCUAGAUCCCAGGGGGCGGUUGAUCAUCUUCACAUACAUAUGGACAAUCUCACUUGAGCAAGCUCAAUUCUUCUCUCCUUCUCAAUCCUUAAUGUCAUUUCCUCUCUAUCUCUCAGCAGGAUUGAUGAUAGCAAUUGCCUCUUUUCCUACUCUACUCUGUGUUCUCCCUCUUCCCCUCCUG